AUGAAAGCUUCAACUUCUGAACUCGAUUUUGUACAGCACGGAUAUUAUUACCUUAAAAACACCUAUCAGUAUAAUAAGCUAAACAAGAUGGCAGGUAAAAAGUCUAAGAGUAAAGGCAGUAACAAGAAAGCCAAUUCUGAAAAAGCUAUAAAUCGCUCGAAAGAAAGUUCCCCAAAUAUUCCAGAAAAGAAGAAUGAGAGUUCUACCAGUGCUGCCACUUCUGCUCCUACUUCUGGAGAGCCAGUGAAGGAAACUAGGAACCAUAACUUCGUAGUUAGAACCAUAACUUCCUUAUUUUUAAUAUCUGGUUUUUUUGCUGUUUUAGCCUCUGGUUAUAUCUGGUGUAUUACAUUAAUCUUUUUAUGUCAAAUUGCAACUUUUAAAGAAUGUAUUAAUGUAACUGGUGAAACAGCUCGUUUCAAAAAAUUGCCAAUGACAAAACUAGCUAAUUGGCAUUUACUUUUCACUACUAUAUAUUACUUAAAUGGUAUAUCAUUAUUUGCAUUCUUCCAAGAUUUCUUUUUUAAAUAUAAGAUUUUAACUUUAGUUAUUACUUAUCAUAGAUUUGUUUGUUAUUUCUCUUAUUUGUUUGGUUUCAUGUUAUUUGUUUAUAGUUUAAGAAGGGGCUCUUUAAAAUACCAAUUUGGCUCCUUGUGCAUCACCCACAUGGUUCUACUGUUAGUUGUUUUCCAAGCUCAUUUAGGUAUUAACAAUGUCAUCAAUGGUCUAUUUUGGUUCUUAAUGCCUUGUGGUUUAGUUAUUAUCAAUGAUAUCUUUGCAUACUUGUGUGGUAUUACCUUUGGCCGUACUAAAUUAAUUGAAAUAUCUCCAAAGAAGACUUUAGAAGGUUUUAUUGGUGCUUGGUUUUUUACUGCAUUGUUCAGUAUUGUUCUAACCAAAUUAUUAGUCCCUUUUAAUUAUUUGAUUUGUCCUGUAACUGAUGUAACCACUAAUUUCUUCUCACCUUUACAAUGUGAAUUGAACCCUGUUUUCAUUCCACAAGAUUUCAGAUUACCUCCAAUUAUUUUUGAGAAAAUUGGUAUUUCAGUCAUUACAAUGAAACCAAUUUAUUUCCAUGCAUUAAAUUUGGCCACAUUUGCCUCAUUAUUUGCUCCAUUUGGUGGUUUUUUCGCUUCAGGUUUAAAGAGAACAUUUAAAGUUAAAGAUUUUGGCCACACUAUUCCAGGCCAUGGUGGUAUUACUGAUAGAAUUGAUUGCCAAUUUUUAAUGGGCUCUUUCACUAAUUUGUACUACGAGACAUUUAUUAAUGAACAUAGAAUUACUGUUCAAACUAUUUUAUCAACAAUUCUAAUGAAUUUUGAUGAACGUCAAAUUGUUGACUUAAUUUGCAUGCUAACUCAAGCUCUUUUUUCAAGGGGUGUAAUUCCUGAUAAAGGCUAUCAAGCCUUGAAUGAAGUUUAUGCCAAUGUCUCUGAGUCCUUAACCACUUCAUUUUAA